UCGAUGCAUAUUGUACAUUCACAUUAUUCAACGAUUUGCGUAUCACUUUGAGUGACAUUAAGUGUCACAACAAACGUCAAUUGCAUAGGACUAGUAAGAAAAUCAGUCAUUCGGAAGAAGUGUUUCAAGUAAGAUUCAAUCUCAGCCUUCAUUGAAGUUAAACCAAGAUCGAUUGCUGCCACUUGCAGUCUGUGAACUGGGAAUAUUCUCUUUAGUUUAAACAACAGUUUUAUACCAUAUUUCGAACAGUUUUGUGAACAAAAAGGUACGAGACCAAAGAAUGUCCGAUCAAAAUGAGAAAUUGAGUCGAAAGCGACGAAAGAAUGAACGCGAUGAAUUGAGGAAAAUGAAACGAGAAGCCAAACGACUGAAAGCGAAAGCUACUGAAGAAGUGACUGAAGCAUCGAUACCAACAAUCAAAAUCACCGAUUUGAAUAACGACUGUCUCGAGGUCAUUUUUAACCAUCUGGAAUUCAACGAUCUAUUCAAUGUUGCCGAUUCAAAUAAACUGUUGACGUCAGCUGCCGGUCGAGUUUACUGGAAAAAGUACCGAAAAAUGCCGGUGGAUCUUUACACUUGCUAUACAACUGACGAAUGCUUCAAAAUCAGAGCGCAUUGUAUUUGGGUGUACGAUCGAACAGCUGCUUUAAAAUUCCUUCGCUAUUUUGGUCACAUCAUCACUAAGUUGAGAAUCACUUGUUUCAGCAUCAAAAACCCUUAUCUGGCUGAAUUACAUCGCUAUGUGUUUGAAUACUGCAGCGAAACAUUGAUUCAAAUCAGUUUUUGCUAUAUGAUUGCGUGCGCAUUUUUUCCCAUUGAAAAGUCGUUUCCAAACGUUGAAAGUGUUAGCUUUAGAUACUGCAUGGUGGACGAAAAUCUGUCUCAACUCAACAAGUGGUUUCCGAAUGUGCGUCGUUUAACAUUCGGAUAUUUCGUUAAAUUAGAUAAUCGCAAGUGCAUCGAAAAAUAUUUUCCGCAUUUGCAAAGUUUGUCGAUUGAGAGAUUCUGUCCGCAAAAUCAGUUUGGAUUCGAAGAGCAAAAUGCUAUGGAAGCGUUGCGUUUGAAUCCAAAUUUACAACAUUUAAAAUUGAAAAAUUUUGAUACAAAAUUCCUUCGGAAGGCCAGUGAAUAUAUGAAACGCGUAGAAAGUCUCGAAAUCACAAUUCGUCGUAGCGAUAUUAAUCACAGGGGUUCAUCAAUUCGUCUUGAGAAGGUGAAGAGGCUUGUGAUACACGGGGAUCGGGACCAACAUAUUGACUUUUCGACGCUGCCAUUCACAUUUGGUUGUGUGCAUGAGGUUAUCUACAUAAAACAAAAAUAAAAGAUAAAAUGGUGGAUUAGGAUCCAUUCUUCAGUGAAAAUCCGUUGCGGAAAGUGCAUUUUCAGUCUAUCAAUGGGCAUCUAAUGAUUCAAGGAAAUAAACUCGAUCGAUAAAAGCGGCCAAUUUGAUAAACAUAUUCCCAACGCUGACUAAAUGCCACUUUCUAUUUGACACUCGCUGGGGAUACGAUAAGUUACGGAAACGAUUACGGCACCAAGUGGCGAGGAAAUUAAAUGAAAAGAAUUGUUAUAAUUUCAGAAAAAUAAUCUUUUUUUGUACUUUUUUGAUUCUUCAAUGAACUGAAAUUCUGAUAUUCUUUGAACUCAUUUAUUUUAAAUAAUUAUACUUAAACAGAAAACAUAUUCUAUUUUAUACAAGAUAAUGAACAA